AUGCCACAACAACAAAGUUUAGCUCGAUUUUUCUCAGCAUCAGGUAACUUACCUAAGGCCAAGCCAAGCGCUAACAAGACGAAUAUUUCAGAAGAAGGUAAGCCUUCAAUUUCAGAAAUAAAACGAAAGGCACCUUCUCUUCUUUCAGAAUCUCCUGAAAAGAAAAUUAAAGUAGAAGCUGCUGAAGACGGGGAUACUGACCCUAGUGAAGUGAGUGAAGAGGAUACAAAGGCACAAGAAUUAAGUGACGCUUCCAAAUUAAUAAACUUGACAGAAAAGGAACAAGAGAAACACUCGUGUGCCGGGGCUUCGUCGAAGAUUUAUUAUUCCGAAUUAACUGAAUUGUUUGAAAAAAUUGAACAAGAAUCGUCAAGAUUAAAGAUAACUGCACUUAUUUCACAGUUCUAUUAUCAAAUAUUGGAGCAUGCCUCAUCAGACAAGUUAGUCAAAAUCAUUUAUCUAUGUAUAAAUAGAUUAGGACCUGAUUAUGAGCCUGAUCUUGAAUUGGGUUUAGGUGAAACUUUACUUAUAAAGGCAAUAAGUGAGUGUUACGGAAGACCACCAAGCAAGAUUAAGAAGGAUUACCAAGAAGUGGGUGACCUAGGAAUAGUUGCUCAAAAAUCAAGAUCUGGUCAACCUACUAUGUUCAAGCCUACCAGAUUAGAUAUAGUGACUGUUUUCGAAAACUUAACAAAGAUUGCAAAAUCUACUGGUAAAGACUCACAAUCCAAAAAGAUCUCAACAAUUAACAAAAUGUUAACCGCAUGUGAAAUGAAAAGCAAUGAAGCAAAGUUCUUAAUUCGGUCCUUGGAGGGUAAAUUGAGAAUAGGAUUGGCAGAAAAAACAGUACUCAUUGGUUUAGCUCAAGCCUUUGUUAACUAUGAAAACAAAACUAAUAAAAAAAUAUCCCCAGAGAAGUUGGCUCAAGCUGAAGACAUAAUUCGUGAAGCAUUCUCAAGAAUUCCUAACUAUGAGAUUAUCAUCAAUAAUGCCUAUGAACACGGUAUAUUCAACUUGUUAGAUUAUUGUAUAUUGACCCCAGGUAUUCCUUUAAAGCCGAUGUUAGCCAAGCCAACGAAGUCUAUUAGUGAAGUAUUAGAUAGGUUUCAAGGAGAAGAAUUUACUUGUGAAUAUAAAUACGAUGGUGAAAGAGCCCAAGUUCACUUGUUACCAACAGGUGAAGUUAGGAUCUAUUCUAGAAAUUCUGAAGAUAUGUCUCAAAGAUAUCCAGAUUUGAUUUCUAUUAUCAAAGACUUUCUCAAAACUCAAGAGAUUUCUGGUAACCACUCGAUGGUACUAGAUUGUGAAGCUGUAGCGUGGGACAGAGAAACAAAUAAAAUUUUACCCUUCCAAGUUUUAUCUACUAGGAAGCGUAAAGAUGUUGAUGAAAAAGAUAUUAAAGUACAUAUUUGUCUAUUCGCAUUUGACCUCUUGUAUUAUAAUGAUCAACCUUUGAUUACAACGUCUUUAGCCGAAAGACGUAAAGUUAUGUUUGAAAAUUUGCGACCAAUUGAAGGAAAGUUUCAAUUUGCAACUUUCAGAAAUACAUCAAAUUUGGAUGAAUUACAGCAUUUUUUGGAUCAAUCAGUAAAGGAUUCAUGCGAAGGACUAAUGGUGAAGAUGAUGAAUGGAACGGAUUCCUACUACGAGCCUUCAAAGAGGUCGAGAAAUUGGUUGAAGUUAAAGAAAGAUUACUUAGCGGGAGUUGGUGAUUCAUUAGACUUAGUAGUUAUAGGUGCAUACAUUGGUAAAGGGAAAAGAACAGGCUCAUAUGGUGGAUUUUUAUUGGCUUCCUAUAAUCAGGAUAGUGGUGAAUACGAGACAACUUGUAAGAUAGGUACCGGGUUUUCGGACGAAGACUUGGUAUCUAUCCAUGCCAAAUUAAAACCUACUGAAAUACAAAAACCUAAACCAUAUUAUGUAUAUGAUACAACCAAUUCUAACGCUGUACCAGAUGUUUGGUUUGAACCGACGACAAUAUUCGAAGUUUUGACAGCUGAUUUAUCCCUAAGUCCAAUAUAUAAGGCUGCACAUCAGCAGUAUGGCAAAGGUAUAUCCUUGAGAUUUCCUAGAUUCUUAAGAAUUCGAGAUGACAAGGGAAUAGAAGAUGCUACUAGUUCUACUGAAGUUUCAGAAUUCUACGAGCGUCAAGCCAAUGUAAACUGA